AAAUGACACUGAAACUAUUUUUCUGCCACUUUUCAUCAGACCUUGCUCAAAACAAGUUCAAAAUGAUCAAGGAGUUUUUCCAAAGUUUAGAAGAUCCAAACAUACCUCUUUUUGGUCCAAACUAUUGGCUUUUAAGUAAACUUGGGCUACUGCUUCCCAAAAACCGGAUGGAAAGAAUUUUGAAAAUAAUCAUACACGAGCUUGCAUUUUGUUUCGUAAUCUCCCAGUACAUAGAACUAUAUAUAAUAAGAUCAGACAUGGAUCUCGUCUCGACAAAUCUGAGGAUUUCUAUGUUAAGCAUCGUUGUAACAUUUAAAGCAAAUACAUUUCUAUUUUGGCAAGAAGAUUGGCGUCAAAUCAUCGACUAUAUAACUGAAGCUGAUAAGUUCGAAAGGGAUAAUCAGGAUGAGGCUAAAGGAAAUGUUAUCAACACUUACACCAAGUACUGUCGACGUGUAACUUAUUUUUAUUGGGUGUUGGCAUUUUUCACCUCCUGUACUGUUAUUAUUGCACCAUUGAUGAAAUAUUGCACAUCGGAGAAAUUUCGGGAAGGUUUUCACAACGGAACUGAACAAUUUCCCCACAUACUCAGCUCAUGGGUGCCCUUUGAUAAAGAGUAUUCACCAGGAUGCUGGUUCACUGUUAUAUGGCACAUCCUGAUAACUUAUUAUGGGGGGUCUGUAGCGGCUGCUUAUGACACUAGUAUCAUGGUGAUACUAGUUUAUUUUGGAGGAAAAAUGGAUCUGCUUCGUAUAAGAUGCAGGGAGAUGCUGGGCACAGAAGGAAAAGGAGUAAGUGAUGUAAAUGCAGAUAAAGUGGUCCGACAACUCCAUCAAAUUCAUGUCCUACUUCUGAAGCAUUCCAGAUUGUUCAACUCGGUUUUGUCACCUGUGAUGUUUUGCUAUGUCGUCAUGUGCUCACUGAUGAUCUGUGCCAGUGCAUUUCAACUAACCUCUGCAACAAGUACAUUGCAAAAACUUUUGAUGGCGGAAUAUUUGAUAUUUGGCGUUGCUCAGCUGUUUCUGUUUUGCUGGCAUAGCAAUGAUGUUAUUUACAAGAGUGAGGCUGUAAUGAUGGGCCCUUACGAGAGUGACUGGUGGGCAGCCAAUCUUAAACAGAGAAACAACAUUCUGAUUAUCCAGGGGCAGCUGCAAAUCGUGCACAUCUAUACCGCAGGACCUUUCACUGACCUCACACUGGCUACAUUUAUUAAUAUUUUGAAAGGAGCUUACAGUUAUUACACCUUAAUGAGAAAAUAAGAUAGGUACCUACUUCAAAUUAAAAAUACACCUAUUAUAGUUUAGCACACCAACUUUAUCAGUACUUAAACAAAAAUGUGAAAUUCAGAUUUAUACGGGACUUCGAUCCGUCGCAUCUACAUUUUUCAUAUUUGCCGCCUAUAUACUACUGACAAGUUUUUUUUGCCAGUCUAUAUUUACUCUUUUUUUUUGGUGUUAUUUUUGUGAGAAUUAUGAAUUGUUUAGUAUCAAUAUAUUUACACUAAUUUGUAGUCAUAACGCGUACCUACAUUGUUAUUAGGACUAAACACUAAACCAGUGGCCUAUUUUAUAAAGCUACAAGUUACAAUUUACAAGCGGAAGUCUCUUUCUAACCCUAUGUGUUAGAACGAGACUUCCGCUUGUAAAUUGUAACUAGUAGCUUUAUAAAAUAGGCCACAGCUCCUCUAAUUUUGUUACAAUUGUAUUAUUUUUAACCGUACGCUUUACGUAUCUUAGGCCUUAGAGUUC